AUGAAGCAGAGCCGGGGGAUGCUGCUGCUCUACAGCCUGAAGAACCCCUCCUUCCCCGAGGACGCCUUCGCCAGCGAGAGCGGCAUCAUGUGCCUCGACAUCCACGUGGAGCACCCCUACCUGAUUGCGGUGGGCUUCUACGACGGCAACGUGGCCAUCUACAACCUGAAGAAGCCCACGGCCACCCAGCCGGGCUACAAGAGCAGCACCCUGUCUGGGAAGCACAGCGACCCCGUCUGGCAGGUGAAGUGGCAGAAAGACGAUAUGGACAACAACUUGAAUUUCUUCUCGGUGUCUUCAGAUGGCCGCAUUGUCUCCUGGACGUUGGUCAAG